AUGCCUGACUAUUUUCGUUCGCCACCGUUGUUCUGGUGGAUAAUCAUACUGCCAGCGCUCGGGAUCAAUUUCUUGGCUUAUUAUUCACCAUUGGCUCUUAAUGGUUUCCUACCUAUCAUUGGGCCAAUCGUGGCCCAUAUUGGAACUAGUUACCAUUGGAUCACAGUGAUAACGAAUCUUUUUGCCCUCAUUGCUCACGUAGGAGAAGGACUAUACGCCUUCUAUUUAUCCAGGAACUUGAAGUUCAGUACUUUUUGCUCCAUCAAAUGGUUCGCACAGACAUUUGCUGUUGGUUUCCCAUCGCUUAGUAUCCUCACAAAUUUUGCUAGAAAGCACAUUACGUGA